AAAAACUCCGCUUGCACUGCCCGCCUCGACCAUCGAAUUCAUCCGAAGCCCCUCACAAACUCGAACGAAGUCCCUAAACUUUGUCCUGAUUGCAUUUCCACCCAAAACCCACAAAUUUUCGGCCAUGUAUUUCCGACCACCGUACAAGGGUGUCGAUGUGGAGACCGGCGGCGCUCGGCCGCUGUAUCCGGCGAUGCUGGAGAGCCCGGAGCUGAGAUGGGCUUUUAUUAGGAAAAUUUACAGUAUUCUCACCAUGCAGAUGCUGCUCACCGUAGCCGUGGCCUCCAUCGUGGUCUUCGUGCACCCGGUUCACAAUUUCUUUGCGACUACUAGCGCUGGGCUUGGGCUUUAUAUUUUUCUUAUUAUUUUGCCCUUCAUUGUUUUAUGCCCUUUGUAUUACUACUAUCGGUCGCAUCCGGUCAAUUUGGUGCUGCUUGGGAUAUUCACCCUCUGCAUCAGCUUUGCCGUGGGGAUGACGUGUGCGUUCACGAGCGGGAAGGUGAUUCUUGAGUCUGCAAUCCUCACGUGCGUUGUGGUGAUCAGCUUAACCCUUUACACCUUCUGGGCGGCAAGGCGUGGUCAUGACUUCAGCUUCCUUGGGCCUUUUCUGUUCGCCGGUCUAAUGAUCAUUGUGGUAUUUGCCUUGAUUCAGCUGUUCUUUCCUAUGGGCAGGAUCGCGUAUGCGAUAUAUGGGGGUAUCGCCUCGCUCAUCUUUUGUGGGUACAUCAUAUAUGACACCGAUAACUUGAUAAAGAGGUAUUCAUAUGAUGAGUAUGUGUGGGCUGCUGUUUCUUUGUACCUCGACAUUAUCAACCUCUUUCUGUCGUUGCUUACUCUGUUUAGAGCUGUUGAGGACUAGAACAAACUAUGUCAUCUGUGUAUUGCAUUAAUAGAAGAUUAUUGUGUAGAGAUGAUUUCGAGGUUGUAUAAAGUUUAAAUCAUGUGGUUUUCCUAGUUUUUCGUGCAUU